UAAAUCUAUUAUUUUUACAGAUUUGCAUCCUGCUAUUCCACCACCUACACCAGGAACAAAUGCAUUGAUGAAUGCCUGGUUAAAAGAAAGUUUCAGCAGUUUUAAAAAAGAGCAACUGAGACUCAACAUACCUUCAGACCCUGGACAAUGGAGUGAAUGCCAUGUAGUUGCCUGGUUGCUUUGGGCUAUCAAGGAAUUUUGUCUGGAAGGUGUACUUGUAGAGAAUUUCAGUAUCACUGGACAGAAGCUAGCUAGUCUUUCAAAGCAAGACUUCCUUUCAAUGGCGCCCCCAUUCAUGGGAGACAUUCUGUGGGAACACAUUGAACAGCUAAAGAAAGGUCAGCUUAUGCUUUUAAUAUAAUAUUCCUUAUUGUAGACAAAUUUUAUGUAACUAUAUAAGGAUCUAUGAUUAACACUCUAUUCUUAUUCUGAAAUAACUUGAACAAUAAUUAUAAGAAAUGACAACAGCAUUUUUGAGACUAAUUCUAACAUUUAGGCGCCAAUAAAAAAUAUUGUUAAUUUAUCAUCCCUGCGCAAAUGUCUUCUAUGGUACUGGGAAAAAAAAUAUUUUUGA